AUGCGGCCGGCCAAGCCAGGCGCCCCACUGCCCGCGCUCUUCCUGCUGGCGCUGGCUCUGUCCCCGCCCGGGAUCCACGGGCGACCGCGGGUGCACAGGGGCGUGCGCGUCGCGGGCGAGGAGCCGAGGCCGCUGCUUCUCCUCCCCGCGGCCGAGGCGGGCGCGGUUCCCAGCGCCUCCCGGAGCGCAGAAAUCUUCCCAAGAGAUUUGAACUUAAAACACAGAUUCAUAAAGCAUUUCACAGGGCCAGUCACAUUUUCAGCCGAAUGUAGCAAACAUUUUCAUCGACUCUAUUACAAUACCAGGGAUUGCUCUACACCAGCUUAUUACAAAAGAUGUGCUAGAUUGCUAACAAGAUUAGCAGUGAGCCCACUUUGCUCACAGACCUAA